AUGCAUUCCGAUGAUAUACUGCCAUCAACUUCACUAUCACAUAGUGUGCGAGCGCCAACGGAUGCUGUAUUCGUGCCCUCCGAUUUGAACAGCUAUCGAAACAGGAUCGAUGCAAGUGUUGAUGAGCAGCGCAAAUAUCGUCAAGUUUUGGCUGGUUUAAAUAAUAAGGUGAUGAAAUAUCGGCAGCGUGCUGCAAAAUCAGUUGCGCAGUUGAGUACUCAAGCAUCAGGUGAUUACGAUGGCCAUGAAACGAUGUACACACUGCGACGGUACUUUGGCCUUUUCCUUUAG